AUGACGAACGCCUUAGACGUGGCAUCCAAUAUAAGGGCUGAAAUUGUUAUUCAUCUCUCACAGCUCUCCGACGAACUGAAAAGGUAUUUUCCAGAUAUUGAUAAUACCAGAGAUGGCUGGAUUCGUAACCCAUUUGUAGUCACGAACGAGAGUAUAAAUUCUAGUUCAAGUAUUAAGCAACAGGAGUCAUUAUUAGAAAUUUCCGUAGAUGAAACUCUUCAAACUGAUUUAAAAAAGAUGGCUUUGAUAGAUUUUUGGGCAGCUAGACAGGAAGUGUAUCGCAAACUCUCACAGUCGUACAAAUAUGCUGCGAUUCCUGUUUUGGAGGCUGACGAUUUAAAUUCAUUAUUAGAACAAUUUAAAGCCAUACCUGUAGUAAAAGAGCCAACAAUUAAGUUAGAUAAUCAUGUGAAGAAAAAAUCCCGCAAAGAUGCUGAGAUUUCUGUUUUAGAGGCUGAUGAUUUAAAUUCAUUACUAGAACUAUUUGAAGCCAUACCUGUAGUAAAAGAGCCAACAACUAAGUUAGAUAACCUUAUGAAGAUAGAGUCGCGCAAAGAUGCUAAGAUUUCUGUUUUGCACUCUAAAUAUUUAAAUUCAUUUAUAAAAAAAAUCAAGCCAACGAAAAAUCAAGACUGA